GGGCCGGUCCCGGGGAGGCGGUGAUGGGUUGACAGGUGCGUGACAGUCGGGAGCUUCUCCGCAGGCAUGUACGGCAAAGGCAAGAGCAACAGCAGCGUCCCGUCCGACAGCCAGGCCAGGGAGAAAUUAGCACUGUACGUAUAUGAAUAUCUGCUCCAUGUAGGAGCACAGAAAUCCGCCCAGACGUUUUUGUCAGAGAUAAGAUGGGAAAAAAACAUCACACUGGGGGAGCCCCCAGGAUUCUUGCAUUCUUGGUGGUGUGUAUUUUGGGAUCUAUACUGUGCAGCUCCAGAAAGACGAGAAACAUGUGAACACUCAAGUGAAGCAAAAGCCUUCCAUGACUAUAGUGCUGCAGCAGCUCCCAGUCCAGUGCUAGGAAACAUUCCCCCAGGAGAUGGCAUGCCAGUAGGUCCUGUACCACCGGGGUUUUUUCAGCCUUUCAUGUCCCCUCGGUACCCUGGAGGUCCAAGGCCACCUUUAAGAAUACCCAAUCAGGCCCUGGGAGGUGUCCCUGGAAGUCAACCACUCCUGCCCAGCGGGAUGGACCCCACACGGCAGCAGGGGCAUCCAAACAUGGGAGGACCGAUGCAGAGGAUGACUCCUCCGAGGGGAAUGGUGCCAUUAGGACCCCAGUCUGACCCUUGGUUGUCGUUGCAGAACUAUGGAGGUGCCAUGAGACCCCCACUCAACGCUUUAGGUGGCCCAGGGAUGCCUGGGAUGAACAUGGGUCCUGGGGGUGGCAGACCAUGGCCAAACCCAACCAAUGCUAAUUCUAUACCUUACUCUUCAGCAUCUCCUGGAAACUACGUAGGUCCUCCAGGAGGUGGAGGGCCACCAGGAACACCCAUCAUGCCUAGUCCUGCAGAUUCAACCAACUCUGGAGACAACAUGUACACUUUAAUGAAUGCUGUACCUCCUGGACCCAACAGACCUAAUUUUCCCCUGGGACCAGGGUCAGAUGGGCCGAUGAGUGGACUGGGUGGAAUGGAUUCACAUCAUAUGAAUGGAUCAUUAGGCUCAGGAGACAUGGACAGUAUUUCCAAAAACUCUCCCAGUAAUAUGAGCAUGAGCAACCAGCCUGGCACUCCCAGAGAUGACAGUGAGAUGGGUGGAAACUUCCUAAACCCUUUCCAGAGUGAGAGUUACUCCCCUAGCAUGACAAUGAGUGUGUGACCCGCUCACCAGUGUCACCACGAAGACCACAGUGAGUUGGCCCUCUCCAGAGAACUACUGCAGAAGAAAAUUGCUCGACCCAGUGUACAGUUUAACUAAAGGAUCUCAGAUACAAUCAGACCCACCUGGUUUGUUUUUCUUUUCCUACCAUCUCCCCCAUUUUGUCAAGGAAGUGGGUCCCAUGCUUGAGACAACUGUAAAGAGUGCUGUGACAGACCUGUCCAAGGUGGAACUACAAGACUGUCUGUGUGUGACAUGUGUGGGUCAAUGUCGUGUGUGUGUGUGUGACACAGAAACACACACACACACAUCCAGACACCCACAGGACAUUUAAAAUAGUAUCACAUCACAUCUUAGGUAGAAAUGAGAAGUAGGGACUUCUAUUCCGUCUUUUUUUUUUUCACGUUUACAUUUUAAUUAUUAAAAUUUGCUUUCCCUGUCCCCUCUUGAACUGUUCUACAUUGCAUAUAUCACUGCUUUAUAAAUUAUUUUUUAAGUUGAACUCAAGUGAUAAAUUCUUCUGAUUUUGUUAAUGUCUGCUAUUAUGGAUAGGAAAAAAAUUGCUUAUAAGAGCUUUCAUUAACUUGUUUUUGAUACCAGCUAGCCUGUGAAUCACAAAUUGUACUGUCUCAAGAAAUAGAAGAAAGCUCAUCUUAAUUUUUUUGAGAAAUUUAAUAACUUUCACCUAGUUUGGGGAUUUUUUUUUAAUACUUUGCCUUUAAAAAAAAAAAGAAGCACUGAAGGUUAUUUUUCUUCUUUAACUGAAGCCUAAUAUCUGCAAUAUCUAUUUUAAAUGGAAGCCUGAAUUUGAUACAAGCUUCUCAGUUUAUAUAGAGUACUAUAAGGUUACUGUAAGUGAGCUCCAAUUGCUUUAGAAUCUAGCAAUAAAGGACAGGGCUUCCCCUGCCCUUGGAAAUGAGUUUUCUAUUUAGCAUGGUCUUCUGUAGGAGUGGUAGUUAGUGGAAAUACAGUAGAGUCCUUAUCACCAAAACCCUUUCUAACAACUUAACAUUAAGUUUCCCGUUUUCAGUGAUUCUCGAAUGGAUAGUCAUGGUCCUAAUUAUAAACAGUGUUUCACAAGCCCAUUCUGUGAAUCAGGUCACCAUGCUGCUGCUUGGGUGUAUGUUUUCUACCAUGUCUGCCAGAAUUAAUUCCCCCAAAACUUUCUAGUCAGCAGCUCUUUGAGCCAAAAUGUUGCAGUACAUUUUGCCAUGAACAGAAGAGGAACAAAGCUCUGGACCAUUUUAAGAGUGGGACAACCUGUUAGGUGUGAAAGCUGGGAACAGAAGGGAGAAAAGGUCCUAAAGGAAAUGCUUCUGGAAGCCAUCCCAUGUCUCUUGAGGCAGAGCUCUGAAACCGAGAUCAUGGUACAUUUAUUUAGUUCCUAGUGAUUCACAGCUUCCCCAAGAAAACAGAGUUUUUCAGUUUGUAGUGAUCAACAGGCUGAUGAUCAGCAAUGUGGGCGCAAAGUGGCUCAGCAGAAAUUCAGGCCACAGACAAAAAGCAGAUUUCCCUCCUUGGACUUACAGAUAGAAGAGCCACUUAGAGAGGAGGAGCAGUUCUCGGGUGUGGUAUCUCCAUGUACAAGGGGAUUUUUUUUUAUGAAUUGUGAUAAAGGAGCAUAUGGGAUGGGCUUGUUGUGAUAGCAGCUGCACGUACCAGGAUGUGUAAGGAAUACUAGAAUCUCCUAACUCAUUUUUAUUUCCAUGUAUUAUAUGUGUAUAUAAUAUAUGGAAAUAAAAAAGAUUUAACACUUCACUCUCUUGUUAGGGCUAUUCAUGCUCAGAGGCUUAAAAUUAUGUUAAAGUAUGAAAGAUUUUGGAAGCAUUACCUUUUAGUAAUAAGAACUACUUUGAUUAGUUGUAAACAUCAACUAUAUAGUCAUUAUAUGGUUUUGUAGACUGUAUUCCCAGUGAUUAUGAAGGUCACAUUCAUCUGUUUCUCUUUGGAUAAGACUUUGUUGCUGUCUCCAAAGAUAGAGACACUAUCGACUUGAGUUUCAAACACAAACUCAGGUGUUAAUUUCCUCAGACCCUUUGCUGUUGUCACUCACACCACUGGUGUGUUCCCAGAGUCCAGGUGUCCUUGCAGCCUGUGUUGACACCUGUAUUAUUCCAGGAAGGACCUGGGGACUCUUUUCUGCCCAGUUGCAGUCAGGUGAUGUCACUGGUUCCUGGACUGAGGUAGAUGGGGGCUGUGAAUCAGGUGUCAAAGCCUGUUCGCACCCCAGGUAAGUGUCCUGUUGGGCACCUUUGAAGGAUAGAAGUCUGGCCACCAAAGCUGUCAAGGAAACCCCUUAAAUGGAAUUGCCAACAUAUAUUGGAUAUUGCUAUCAAAAUAUGUUAUCCUCAUUUUAAUACAUGAGUAAAACGUCCUUUCAGGCACCUGAUUUACUUGGUGUGUCCAACAUUUCUCAUACCCACAUAGCCCCACCGACAGCAGCUGAUUUUUUUUUUUUUUUUAAGAUGCACUGGGCUUUUUGCUUGUUCAUUUUUCUUUCUUUUGCUUACAAAUCCUUGUAGGAUUUUCAUCGUACCUUGAGUAUCAGUGUGGAAAGAAAGGAAAGAAAGACUAUUGCCAAGCACUGAGUUUUUGCUCCUAAUUAUGUUUCUUACACUCCAGAUAUCAGGAGCAAUGUAACUGCUGUUUGUAACUGUCCUUAUGCAACAGCAUUACUGAUAAUAUCAGACCUUGUCCAACUCUGGAAGCAAUUUUAUUUUAAGUGAUGCAGGAUAGUUUUUUUUUCCUCUGGGCUUUUAGAUAGAUUUUGCUCUUUAAUAUAGAAAUAAAUAAUGGUGAAUCUUUAAAUGGGUCUUUCAGACAAGGUUAAAGUAAGUCUUUUAAAAACAGAAGUGAUUAAAUCUUAGAGUAGUAAAAAUAUAGAGUAGGACAUCUUUCAUGCUGUGAGAACUCUGGCAAGUAUUCUGGCCUUGUAGAAAUCAGCUGAAAUUGGAAUUCACUUGUGAACUUCACAGUGAAACCAGUAUUUAACGUGCUGCAUAAAGCUAUGAAAAUGAGUAUUCUUACCCAGAUUUAUCUGCACAUCACCCAGAUUUUAUCACCAUGUCUAAAUCUUGUACAGGCAAGAACAGGGCUUGGGGCAAGGAAGCAGCUGUCUGAAUCACAGGUAAAGCACAUGGCCUGACAUGUGCAUCAACAAUAUACCCAGAUAUUUGCAUGUAUGCAUUGAGUUAUUAAUCGCCUGAGCAAGAGGAAGACCUGCAGUUGCCAAAAAAAGUGCCAUUUCUUAUUUGGUUGCAGAGCCCUGGUAAGUUCAGUGUUGAACUUUUUAUUCCUUUUUUUCCCCCUUACCAGACAAAAUGACUUUUCAGCUGAUACAUGUUGCACCUAACUUCUAUUUCUCAUAUCAGUUAAUUGUUUUUGAGUGUUUCCUCCUGUUCCUGGUCAGCCCUGAUCUGUUGUUAUGAUGGCUAAAUAUGGACUGGAUUCUUCAAUAUUUGACCCUACACGUUCGCAUUUCAAUAAUGUAAAAUAUAGCUUAAUGAUGUAAAAAGUACAGGUAAAUUUACUUUUCUUUAAUUCACUGUAAGUGAUGAUAUAACUGGCUCCUGUCCUGCUUGGAUCUUAAGGAUGGGAAUCCUGACAAAGUACAGUUCUCAAAUAAACCCCCAACAAUUAUUUCAACAGUGACAUCUCACACUAAGGAUCUAAUUCAGAAUUUAAUGAUCUAAAACAACUAUAAAAAUUAAAAGACAGAUGACUUAGAUUUAGAUUUUACUCUAUGCAGCUCUCUCUACUUUCCAGUUAUUAUUGGUACAGUCCUAUAGGCUACUGCUUGUGCCAGUUCUCCUGCUGAAACUUGGAUGAAACCACUCACAUAAGGUCAUUUUUUGGGUAGGACUUCACCCUGAUCUGGAUCAAAUCUGUAACUUACCUGAGGUGUGACAUUAUUUGGUAGAUGUGUAAAUUGAGUACUUAGAACAAAAUACAGAGGGUCCGUUGAAAUUACUGAAAUUAUGUUUCAACCUGAAAAAUAAGAAAAAAGUAUUUAAAAUACAGCUUUAAGUGCAUGCUUGCAUAUUGUUUAUAUAUUGGGAACAAAUUACCAAAUUUAGAGAUAAAAAUCGAUCAUCUUAUUCAGCACAUUAAAACUCUUGUCCUUCCAAUGAGUUUGCCUUGGUUUGAAAUUAGGCCUGCACAUUGAUGAUUUUAAACAGAUUUAAGAAUACAGGUAAUAUCCUUCAGGAAAUUAGGAAAGUAGGACUGUAAUAUGCUAAAACCGUGCUUGAGCAUGGAUGGUCUAGAGCUCAAAUUAAGUCUUUCCUAAGCAGACAUUAUUUUAAAGAUAUCACCAGUGCAGGAGCAUGUUUAUGUAUCAAUAGUACUGACAUGCGGAGCAGAUUUGGAUUUCUUCUGUUUCUUACUUUGUUAGAGCUUUGUUCACUACUACAUUGACUAUUUUUGUGAAUUGUCCUUCCACCUUAUUUUAAAUUGUGCGGCCACAGUUUCCCCAACACAGCCAACAGCUUUGCAGUUCUAGUCCAAACUUCUGUUUGGUCGCUGUUCUUCAUUUAAGCUCGAAGUGUGUAAGAAAGCCUCUCAUGUAAUGGGAAAACUUGCCAUAAAAAUGUACAAAGGUUUUCUUGGGUACAUGUUUUCACAUUUAAUAAAAACACAGUUUUCAGUUAUAAUUUGAAGUGGUCAGUUUCUAGCCACUAUUUAAUUUUUGUGUGCAGAAGAAAGUGAGAGAGAAAAAAAUCACUUUUUGGGUUUUUGUUUUGCUUUGGUUUGAUAUUUUUUUUUAUUUGUUUUAAUUUAGUGUCAUAAAUGUUUGCUGAAAGAUGGGGGAAAUCAGAUUAAAACCACAUUUGCUGCCUAAUUGUAAGUAGUACAGGUGGACUUGGUGUUGAAAGCUCCUGCCACAUCCCCAAAAGCAUAUCUCUUGACAUCUGAUUUGUGUGGCUUUGUAUGAGCCUGAUUCACAAGCAGUUAAUUUGUCUGUCCUGUGCUUUCAGUGUGUCUCAUGGGAGGUCCAGGGUUCUGUGGUCUCAGGACAGUGACCGAGUGGUCGAGCAAGCUUGUUCCCAGGGUCAGGGGGUUCAGGACCAGGGGAUUAUCCACCAGAAACAAGGUGUUUGUUCGCUACCUCGCUGUUCUCUUGAGAACUUGCACAACUCUUCUUGCCAGUAGGUUCUGGGGAUCCUUUAAGAUUUUACAUUGCUGAGACAAGAAGCUUUGUUUUGCUAAGAGAAAAUCCUGGCCGUUUUUAGCAACAGUUUUCGUAUGGAAACAGCUCAAAACAUGGGGAUUUGGAAAGGUGAUGUGUUUUCUCAGUACCCUGAGUGUGCUAGGAAAUAGAUUGUACCAUUUAGGAGUUUGGACUGUUAUAGAGAUACUGAAAUCAUCAGUAAUUGCUUUUGAUGGGAAAAAUCACUGGCUAUGAUCUGCUCUGAUCCUUGAGGAAUCAAACUGUCAACUGGGUGAACUGGAUGUUUUAGGCUUUUUUUCCUAUUGUUUAAUCUUCAUGUUUUAUCCUCUCUCAUUUGGAUUUUCCCAUUAAAUGUACUGUGCCAGAUCUUUGCACAAAAAUAGGAGCAUUUUGCCCAAUAAACCUGCAGAAAGUUGUUCACAUGUGUAACUACAGCCCUGCUGUAGAGAGUUUAUUUCAUUAUAGAGACUUUUGAGCAUAAGAAGAGAUAAGAGUGGCAGUGCAGCAUCCCAAGAGCUCUCACUGCUCCAGAUCAAGAAGGCUAGCAUCCCACAGACUCCCAAAUUAGGUGAAAUGGCUCUUACAGUGACAUAAAAUAGCUUGAAAUAAAAGCUAAUUCUUGUCAUGCAGAUUAGAGGAAAUAAAAUGCCAAAUACAGGAUGUAUUUAAUUGAGGUAGAAAUUCACUAAAGCCAUCUCUAACAGGAGCAUCCAACAACUUAGAGGGAAAGCAAAGCAGUGUUGCUAAAUUGUUGUCAAUAAACAUAACAUUCAAAAGCAGCUAUAAGCUAUUUUUCAUUUCCAUUUUUCAAGUCUGUUUUAAUUUUUUUGAUUAACUUGUAGUUUUGAUUUGAUUUGAAUUUACAUUAAUGGAUAAGGAAGAGAACACAAGUUCCUAAACUAGAGCUGGAAUUACAGACAUGGAAUAGUGGCUUGAGUAAAGCUGGAGCUUUCUGUCAGUAAAGAAUCAAGUAAAUUUUUAUAUUAUUCUUUUUCCAGGACAAAAAGCAUCCAAACAAUAAACAUUUUUAGCCUUGUUCUGGCUGUUUGAGAAGUAUGAAUCAAUGCUAUGCUCAGAGACCAGUUUUCAGGGCUUUUGUUUUUUGGCAGGUAUCCCCUUGCAGUGCAUCUAUUUUGUGCAUGUUUGUCUAAAGCUACCAAAAAAACCCACCUUUUUUUUCCCUGAAUUUCUGUACACACAUCUGGUUCUGGUGAGAAGAGGAGGAAGAUUUGGUAGCUGGUGGGUGAGCAUAUUUAUGUGAAUUACUUAAAGCAUUAGUAAACUAUUGUCAACUCUGUUCACGUUGCACAAGAUACUCUGUGUAGUCUACUGCUGGCAUUAUAACCUAGGUGAUCAGUGCAUAUUCUGUAAAUUCCUGUAGGUUUUGUGUAAGAAAUCUUGUCACCACUGCUUACUACUGUAAAUUCUUGUUUUGAAGCAAGAGGUGGCAUUUGAUUGUACAGCCAUGUGUAUUAUAUACUACAGCAGUCCUUGUUCUGUCCUCUAGACUCACUGUCCACAUAGAGUUGAAGCUCUGUUAAGCAUGCGUAAUGGUUUCAGAAUUUAUUUCAGACAGCAGAUCUAUAAGCCAUUUACAGGAAUAUUAAAUGUAGUGUAAGAGAAUCUAACCCAGUUCGUACUCUUUCUUGAGAGCUGGCGGUUGGAUUUUAGCAGGCAGCUGCAGGUCAGCAGGUUCCAUGGCGUCCCAGCUGCGGCUGCCUGCACACCUGGGAGGUGUCACACCUGGGCAGGUGUCCCCUGGCAAAGGGGUGCCCCAGGUACAGCGCCUGGGCAGGCUACUGCCUUACAAAGACGUGUGAGUUAGUGUCUUUGUUUUUUCCCAAAAACUGCAUCAGUGCCAAGACUGAAACCCAUCUUUAAGGGCAUGCAGGAGGUGCAGUGAUGCCUCCCUGUUGUGUCCUCCCCACCCACCACAGGCUCCACCUGAGGUGGUGUUUUAAGGAGAAUUUAACUCUCUGUCUGUCAAGAGAGAAAAAUAACCUGAAUUCUUGGACUAUGGAUUCUUUUUUAUAGUAUUUUAUGAUGUACAACAAAGACCUGAAAAUGUCUGGGUGUUCUUUGCUGGUUUCUGACAUCAGAAAUUCAAGUCCUGUCUAGUCUGAAAGGCAAUGAUGGGAAAGGUGGAAAAGCUUGGAAAGUUGAAGGGGAUUCUUACUUGGAUUAUUUUAAAUGUUUUUAUUGAUAACUUAAAUGACUAGGUUAAUCUCUUGAAUCAAGGCAGUCUUAAUGACUUUGCACCUUCACCAUUUCAUGUAAGACUUUGAGAACUUGCAAUAAAUGUUCCUCACACUUACAGUCCAAUAUGUAGAUAAACUCUUUAUAUUUCUAAGAUCAAAAAAUAUUUCUACAGUUACUUCAGCCCUUUACAGAGAACAACAGGGCAAUCCCAAUCCCAUAAUCCCAAGUAUUUGUAGGUGUAUUUUAGACAAAGAAUGACUUUCAACAUCAUAAAUGAAACAAAUGUUCAAUGUUCCAGUCUCUGGAAGUAAAGGAAACCUCAGUAAUUUUGCAAACCAGCAAGAAUUAAACUUGUCAAUAUAAAUAUUAAUGUAGAAAGUGCAUGCAAAACUUGAUACUGCCUCUGACCUUAAGCAUUAAUAUUGAUAAUAUUGGGGAUCUCACAAAUGUUGUGUGUUUCAAAACCGCUGUAUUUCUCCUCAGUGUAUGCUUCAUCUUCAUUACCGACAGCUACUGCAAAGAGCCAAUCCAUGCUGUAGCUGAGGCGUGGAGAUACAAACUUCCCACAGCAUCAUAAAUAUGUGGACAUGUGUGUGUGUUGUGUUAGGAUGAGUAACCACUCCAGCUACAAACUCCUCCAGACCUUGUGUGUAUUUUCAGAGCAGCCUGUGGUAUGGGUUUGGGAGGUCAGCAGCCUGUGUGGAUGCUGCCUGACAGCGAUCCCAUCCCACAUGGCCUCGGGUCUGGCUUUGGGGGAUCAUCAUGAAGUCAAGCCUCACUGUUUUAUCUGUGAAAAGUUCCUUGCCAGACUGAGAACUGUAAAGACACGGAUGGUGCGGGUCACUGACCCAGAGCGUGUCUGCAUUGGAGCCUCAGGCGGGACUGUGACAGACAAUUUGUCAUGGUGAUACUGUGCCACCACAUCAGACUUGUUUCCGCUCCACACUGUGGCCUGAUUCAUCCCGCCAUAAUCUCAGCUGGUAAAAAUUACCAUCCUGGAUCUCCUGUGUAAAUAAGAGGAGGGACAGGAGAGGAGAUACCUCUGGAAGAUUGUAUGAUGGCAUCAGCUGCCCCGCCACUGGUGAACAGCUGGAAUUAGGUGGGAUGAAUCCAUAAGUUUACAAUUGGCUUAGAUACCUCUUCACAAAAGUGUAUUUAUUUGAGCUUGGUAAGGACAAGAAUAAUGCCGGUUCUUUGAACCCGAAUCCGAGUGGCUUACAGAUGAGUUUCUGAAUUCAAUCUCAAGCAUUAGAUUUCUGCCCCAUAGUUGCUCUUGUAUUUUUACUUCAGGUUUUAUGAACAGGUGUAACUUUAACUAACUUGUUGGAAGGUUUACACCUGCCUAGAAAUCCUCACCUUUAUUUGUUAAGUGGGCUCCCUCGUUGCCUGCACCGAUUCAUUUAUUGUAAGCAACACAUGAAGAAACCAUUGCAUAGAUCAAUCAACACCAGCAAUAGCGUAUGCAGCUUUUAAAUUCAGCUAUGAGCUUGGAACUAAGGUAUUAAUGUUCAUACUUUCCAGGUGUGGCUAAAGAUUCCUUUCCUGAGAGCAUUAAGGAAUAAAUCUAGGAGGUCCUGAUUGAGGAUUGAGAGAAUACAUGUAGCAAUGGCAGUUUAUGUUGGUUUGUUUUCUUUUUGUAAACAUGUGAUAAAUGUAUUGCGAUUUCAUGUGCUGGUUUGGAGAUGAGGGAAUAUCCCAUGCCAGACAGAGCAGAUCUGUGCAGGCAGCAUUACGGUGGGUUGGCAAAGCCUGUUUACAGCAGGUUCCACCUCAGGCCCACACCGCACCCACCUCAUUCUAGUUCACUUUGAUACCUUCCUUCACUUGCUGCUGGUACAAAAUCCUGACAGCAGUUGUACGAGUUCUUGUUGCAAGCUGAGGAACAGGUGAAGUUUAAAAACACAAAUGUUGUAGCUUGCACCUUUCACCUUCGUGGACUGUCCAUGUUCUCACAGCUGGGCUGGGACAGCAGCCACCUCCACAGUUGCCAUGUAGCUCCAUCCCACAAAAUUGGGUGUCAUUUUUUAUGAGUUUAGCAGGAGCAAUAUUGAUCCAUUCACUUUAUUUCCUAAGUUGUGAGUCACUCGGUGCUGGAAAUGAUACAUGUCUUGUGUUGCUAUGAAUAGAAGAACUGAGAGUUGUGUUUUAGGAUGUGCUGGUGCAAUCCCUGCCCUGCUGUUCAGUGUUUCGAGUGCUGAAGUUAACCAAAAUGUUACCUUCAUGGAUUAUCUCAGCAUCAGCUCUGUGUGAAAAUGGGUAUGAAUUUCCAGUUGCUGUUCCUGGUUUCUCUGAAUUCUGAGCCAAAGGUAAAACAGUGGGAAAGAUGGUUGUGGCAGCCACUCGUUGACAGCUUUUCAGAUACGUUAAGGCCAUUCUGUCUGUCAUCUGACACUGUUCCAGUUUUUUUACUGGAUCACCAUGCUGUUGAAUAUCUCGAUGGGUGUUGUCACCCAAUGGAGGGAAGAUGAAAGAGCUCACCACCCAGGAAGGGUAGAAAUGUAGCAAGUAACAAACUGUCUUCUCCAGCAGUCAUUUAUUUGUAGUGCUUCGCUGUCAGUUAACAUUUGUACCUUCAAUUAUUCUUGUACAGUUCAGUAUCUUCAGGUGGUAUGAGCAGAAAUAUAUGAAUAUAUAUAAUUUACAAGACGUAUAGGCUUGUAUUGUGCCUUUGUAAUUCGCUUCAGCUUCAGUAUCUAUACGCUACAAGCAGACAAACUUCCCUCUUUUCGGGUGUUCUUCACUACAACAGUAGCUGAUGGCUUCAUUAAUACUGACUAUUUUAGUCUUCUGGGGCUAACAUUUAUGUUUUUCUGGGUUAAAAUGCCAUAGUGCCCUCAGCAGACAUAAGCACAAUGACAUAACACUGCAGUGCAUGCUGUCUCUUAGCUUCUCUCUACAUGUGCUUGUAUGUUGGAAAUUCAGAAGUGCUGCUGUAUAAAAUUGCUACAUUAUUACCCAAUACAGGUGUUCUUCUGCAUCCCUUUUUUGCUCAGAACUCCUGUUGUCUUGGAAGUUAGUGAUGGCUCAAAAGGGGGUUUUGGCUGCACAAAGGAUGCAGGGAGCAACUCCUAAGUAGUUUGCAGGCUGCUGUAAAUGUCUUUUCGGCAAAGAAAUGUAGCAUUUUAGCUGUAAUUUCCUACUGAAAACACUGAGCGUGCUUAUCCCUUAAGAUUUUAACAGAAGAAAAAGGUGUCAGACUGUGUAAUUUUAUCUCAUCUAACUUUGACACUUAACCAGUUUUACCUGCAUGUUUAUGCUACACGAACCAACACAGACCUGAAAGGUGACAGCCUUGUCUUAGUACUGCAGCUACUCAAGAAGUCACGGGUUUCCAGAGGUUCUGUUUGGAUUUUUUGUUCCUUUAACACAUUUUCAUUGCAGAGGUAUUUUUCUAUAGAGUUACUUGAGGCUUUCUUUAACCAACACAAGAGUCUGUAGCCCUCUGCACUUUGAAAGGCAAAGCCCUGUGGGGACACUUGGGCUUCGCACUUGCCCAGCAAAUUAGCAGAAAUUUCACCCAAGCCAUAAAAGCCUCUUAUGUUAAUCUCUAUUUAUGUAAUUAAAGCAAUUAGGGGUAGGAGCUUCAGGAAUAAUGAGGUCUCUCUAUCAUUCAUUUACUCUCUCUCUGUACUUCCUAGGGAUUUAAGGGUUCUUUUUCCAAGGCUCAGCUGUGUUUCCUCAAACCAGUGCAGUCCAGGCAUUGUGUGAGGUGCAGUUUAUGGAGACAGCAUUGGAGCACAAAAGAUUUACUUCUGGUAGCAAGGAAUAAUAUGUGUCCCUGUGGACGUGGACACUUGCAAACAAGUCUGAUACCGAGAAUUAAAAAAAAAAUAAAUAAAUUGAAGAUGGUACCAGUACAUCAGACUCUGUUCUACAGUGGGGUUUUUAGCUUUUGUCAUUUGUAUUUUAUUUUGUGAAAAAAGGAGUUGGGGGGAUCUCAGAUCACAUGGGGAAUAUUAGAAGUAUAUCACUCAACAAUCAUUUUAUAAAGUCUAACUUCAAAAUGCACUAUGAUUUAUUACAAAAGUAUAUUUUCUUCUGUUUGCCGACAUGGUGGUUCCAUUUUGUCAUAAGUUAAACUCAGCAGUUAAUUUGUUGCACUGCCUGGCUGCAUGACUUCAUCCAGUGUACAUACGUACCUGUGCAGCAUUACUUUUGGGGUUUGUAUUUGAAUUUGCAGUAUUGAUUAUUAUUUUUGUAUUUUACUUUGCCUCUGUUAUUGGAAUUGUAGUAAACAUAAUUUAUACAUAUGAUUUUACAACUGUUUUGCAACUGAAAAGUCUCCUUUAAAUUGUAAAGUUUUAUUGAUGGAUACUCAUUAAAAUGGUAUAAGAAUUAUAUUAACAAUUGUUUUGUGUUUUGAUGCUCUCUGUACAUAAAUAUAUGUCUAUUUAUCUGUUUAA